AUGGGCUGGGGAGCUGCCCUUUCUGUAUGGAAGGUGUGGCUAUGGCUGUGCUCUCUAAGCUCACACCCCCUCUCUCCUGCAGGUUUCCAUCCCUGGGGCAUGAGCAUGCAGCCAGGCCUGGCCCUGGUGCUGGGGGUGGCCCUGUGCCUGGGGUGUGGCCAGCCCCCUCCGCGGGCCCCUGAACGCCCCUUCUCCGUACUGUGGAAUGUGCCCUCAGCACACUGUAAGGACCGCUUUGGCGUGCUCCUGCCACUCAGGGCCCUGGGCAUCACAGCCAACCGUGGCCAGCACUUCCAAGGCCAGAAUGUCACCAUCUUCUACAAGAACCGGCUUGGUCUCUAUCCCUACUUUGGGCCCAGGGGCACAGCUCACCAUGGGGGCAUCCCCCAGGUUGUGCCCCUUGGCCGCCACCUGGCAAGGGCUGCCUGUCAGAUCCGCCACAGCCUGCGACCUGACUUUGCUGGCCUGGCAGUGCUGGACUGGGAGGAGUGGUGUCCACUCUGGGCUGGAAACUGGGGCCGCCGUCGGGCCUAUCAGGCAGCCUCAUGGGCUUGGGCACAGCAAGUGUUCCCCCAUCUGGACCCCCAGGAGCAACUCCAUCAGGCCCGUGCUGGCUUUGAGCAGGCAGCCCGUGCACUGAUGGAGGACACACUGCGGCUGGGCCAGGCACUGCAGCCCCACGGGCUAUGGGGCUUCUAUCGCUUCCCAGCCUGCGGCAAUGGCUGGCAUAGCAUGGCCUCCAACUACACAGGCCGCUGCCACGCAGCCACCCUUGCCCGCAACACCCAGCUGCACUGGCUCUGGGCUGCCUCCACUGCCCUCUUCCCCAGCAUCUACCUACCACCCAGGCUGCCACCUGCCCAUCACCAAGCCUUUGUCCGACACCGCCUGGAAGAGGCCUUCCGUGUGGCUCACGCUGGGCACCUGCAUCCCCUGCCAGUCCUGGCCUAUGCCCGCCUCACAUACCGGAAUUCUGGGAGGUUCCUGUCCCAGGAUGACCUAGUGCAGACCAUGGGUGUAAGCGCGGCACUGGGGGCAGCUGGCGUCGUGCUCUGGGGGGACCUGAGCAUCUCCAGCUCUGAGGAGGAAUGCUGGCGUCUCCACGACUACCUGGUGGGCACUUUGGGCCCCUAUGUGAUCAACGUGACCAGGGCAGCUAUGGCCUGCAGUCACCAGCGGUGCCACGGCCAUGGGCGCUGUGCUCGGCGAGACCCGGGACAGCUGGAAGCCUUUCUGCACCUGCGGCCAGAUGGUAUCCCUGGAGCUUGGGAGUCCUUCAGCUGCCGCUGUUACCGGGGCUGGGCUGGGCCUACCUGCCAGAAGCCUAGGCCUGGGCCUAAGGAGGUGGCAUAAAGCCAGGAGUCUUCUGCUUCUGACCAGCCACUUCUCUGGUCCCUGCUGCCACCUGCCCAGGCCAUGAUGGAAAACUCUGGCUCACCCCUGCUCUAUUCAGCUCAUAGUCAACCUUCCCACUCACGCACCUCACUCCCCUCCCCAUCCCUGGGGGGUGGAAAGGGCCAGAGAAAACACUUCCGCGAUUUUAAAAAUCUGACCACUCCUGAAGAGGAGGCAGCCCCAGAGUCAGCCAGGUUUCCAGCUGGUUAGGGCUGCCGGUCCAGAGCUCUGUUCCUGCACCUGACUGGGUCCACGGGGUGGUCACAGGAAACCUAUCCAGGGGCAGAUGAACCCCAAGAAAAUUUUGGCUAAGCUCUGGGCGUGCCAAGCUGUUUGCUCUCUGUACUAUGCUUUCCUCAUAAACUCACUUUUUCUUUUCA